UCAGAAUACUUGAACUACAAUAUGCUGAAAGGUUAUUAUGAAAUUUUUGGCCCAAUGAUGCCAAAAUCUUGUUGCCUACUGAAGCUUUAAGAUCUUAACGCACAUAGUACACUGUGGUUGUAUUGUGCUGUGGAUCAAUAAGUCUAUUGGCCUUUUGAACUUUUGAAUGCUGUACAAGCAGUUUGUUAGGAAUCUUAACUUGGAACAGAACAUCAAUACUAUUGUUACAUUUUAUGAUUGGUUUAUCUAACCCACAUCCGAUGAUCUUUACCCACAUCAUUGUAUCGCAGCAGUUACAACCUUUCACUCUUGGUCUGACCCCAGAUAUUAAACAAAUAAUAGAUUUACAACUGAGAUUUACAACUGUUUUUCUCUGUAAUAAAAUUCUAUAGCCAGUUAGAAGGUCAGUGUUUAUAUGCACUAAAAUUUAUAUAACUGGGUAACAAUUGGUUUUGUCAAGCAAGCGGAUUUCUUAAAUGUCAUGUAAAUGAGAAACCUGGUUUCUGUAAUUGAGGAAGGGGAUGAGAGAAACCUGAUUUCCCCCGGUAAAUUCACUAUGUAUAGCCUGCAAGUUUCUGAUCGAAGACGUGUUUGAUGAAAAGUCGGAUGAUAACUUAUUAAGAUUUAUCAACUGGGCACCAAGAAUAUCUGUAGCUACACAAUUUUAUAGAAUUCAUUCAAUAUUUGCUGAACCAAAAUGGUGAACUGACCAAUCCAACAACAUUGCUAUUCCUAGAGUUAAAUAUGACCCCCUGUUGGAAAUCCACAGUUUGAUGUCAAUGCUUUUCUACUAUCACUAAAGAAUGACCUCUUAUAGCCUAUUGCUUAAACAUUCAGAAAAUGGGAUGGAAACAACUUGUUAUCCAGAAUUACUUGGCUGAAUCCAAAGGUUCUUGCUACCUUUUGUAUGAAUUUUUGUCUCUUUCCAUGUUACCCAAUAAUCAUCACAGCAACUUUAUGGGUACUACUGCUAUUGCUCUUAUCAAAAGAAACACAUCUCAGGUUGUAAAAGCAGUCUUUGAAAUCAGUUGCCUCACCCCUUCACACAACCUCCAUAAACAUCUACCGUUUCCUCUCCUCAACCAUAACUGGUGUACAGCUGCAGAGAAAUGGUCUCUCAGACUAUUGCCAACGUCCUAAAAUGCCUUCUGGUUCUUGUAGUGGUUGCCUCGUUGAUAGGUAACUGUGUCCUGAUAUGGCUCAACACCCAACGCACUCCACAGUGCCCUGCGCAACAGGGAAACCCGGUCCAACCUGCGGAGCACAAUGAGCGCAGCAACGUCUUUGCUGAUCUCUCGGUGGAAGAGUUUCUACAGGUGCGUGACUACAUAACCAAGAUCCCAGGGAUGAACAUCUCCAUUGAACCAUCAUCACCUCCUUCAGUUGACUACCUGUAUAUGAUCGAUCUCUCCCUGCCGAAGAAACAGGAUGUUUUGCACCAUCUGGAUACCGAUGGGCCAAAACCAGCAAGAGAGGCAACUGCUGUGGUUUUUCAUGGCUCGAAAAACAACAUAAAGGAAUAUGUAGUCGGCCCUCUCCCUAACCCGUCCUACCACCGAGAUGUCACCUUUGAGAGAUAUAAAAGGGAGAUCCCUUUGACUGCACGCCCAAUGCAUUUUGGGGAACAAAUUUAUAUAAAAAUGUUUCUGCAAGUUGUACUUAAACCGGUCAGUAUGCUGCUGAAUGAGAGUUUUGGUAUAGAUGCAUCCGCAUACCCUACCUACUACGACACCAUGCCCAGAGGACUCAAGUCAGGGGACAGACAGACCUGGAUUUCAAUCUUUCGAAAUGAGGAGGGCUACUACAUCCACCCUGUGGGCUUUGAGAUCUUCUUCAACCACCAAAGCACCAAUUAUUUGACCUGGCAUGUGAUUAAAGUGCUUUAUAAUGGUCAGUACUUUGACAGUAUAAUGGAUCUGAAGCAGCAAUACGAGGCAGGGACUGUGAGGAAAAUCAUCUACAAACCUGUGCCGAAUUACGCCUCACUCAAACCCAAACAGAAACCCUCAGGCAUUGGACCACAGCAGUUUAAUGUACAAGGCAAGCGAUUUAGUGUGAAGAACAACCACAUUGUAUACCUUGACUGGAGCUUUGCCUUUGGUCUGAACCCGCUAACAGGCAUGAGAGUUUUUGAUGUUCGUUUUAGAGGAGAGAGGAUUAUCUAUGAGCUAAGUGUUCAAGAGGCCAUGUCAGUCUACGGGUCCGUCACCCCAAAUGCCAUGCUCACCAAGUUCCUUGAUGCCAGCAUUGGCAUUGGUCGAUGUGCCUAUGAGUUGGUCAGGGGCGUCGACUGCCCUUAUUCAGCCACUUACAUUGACACUUUCCAUUUCCAGGACACCGGUGUUCCACGCCGACUCAGAAACUCAAUUUGCGUCUUUGAGCAUGACCUGGGCCAGCCUCUACGGAGGCACUUCUCAGAGUCUGUCUUCACCAGUUAUGGAGGACUCGCAAACAGCGCUUUAGUGUUCAGGACAAUCACAGCUAUAGCAAACUACGACUACAUGUAGGAUUUCAUUUUCUACCAGAGCGGCUCAGUGGAGGCCAAGGUGCAUGCCACCGGCUACAUCUUCUCUUCCUUUGCACUGAAGGACAAUUUUCCAUUCGGUGACCAAGUAGCAGAAAAUGUCACUGGAAAUAUCCACACCCAUUUCAUCAACUUUAAAGUGGAUAUUGAUGUUUUAGGAGUGAAGAAUGUAUUCCAGACCAAAGACAUGGAAUUUGUGAAUGUCUCGCUGCCCUGGAUGCCUGAACGCCAUGCCAUGAUCCCUAAGAUAGUGGAGAAACAGCUUCAAACAGAGCAGGAGGCAGCUCUGCGCCACGACACCAAGACUCCUCGCUACCUCCACAUCGCCAGCAACAAGACCAACCGCUGGGGUCACCCGCGCUCCUACAGGCUGCAGGUGUUCAGCUUCACCGGGGACCACCUCCCAGAGAGCCAGCCCGAGGAGAGGGCCAUGUCCUGGGCCAGGUGAGAGGCCAGGCAGCCUGUGAGGGGAUAAACCUGGACUCCAGCUGUCGACUUUAGCAAGUACAUUGAAGACAACGAAAGCAUUGAAAACCAGGACCUGGUUGCCUGGGUGACCACCGGUUUCCUCCACAUCCCCCACGCCGAGGACAUCCCCAACACAGUAACCGUGGGCAACGGAGGCGGGGUCCUGCUGCGACCCCACAACUACUUUGACGAGGACCCGUCCAUCCACUCUGUUGAUGGGGUGUACAUUGCCCCGGGCAGCGAGGACAGCUGUGACAACAAUAAGAUGGCCUGCCUUGCUCAAGAGACCUGCAGCCCCGUCCUUGAUCCCUUCACCUACCACGGUUUUGAAUUUGAAUUCGGGAGAGGGAGGAAUUAAAAUGUGAUUCUUCCUUUGAUUUGUUCCUCUCUCUUUGAUAUCAAUUUUGUUUUAUUUCAUUGUAAAUCUAAAUGAUGAUG